AUGGAUAUAAAAAUUUUACAAUCUAAUUUGAAUAACUCGCAUGCAGCACACUUACUGCUCAUAAAGCACUGUGCUGAAAACAACAUAGAUAUCUGCGUAAUAAGUGAGCCACGAAAAAACCCCGGGGCAGGGUGGCUUUGCGACUCUACCGGAAAAGCCUCGAUUUAUCUUCAUAAUAAAGACAACGACCUGAUCAUGAAGACCAUAGCUACAGUCGACGGUUUUAUCCUUGUCGGAGACAAUCAGAUAAAGAUAGGGAGCUGUUAUUUUUCUCCGAGCAAGUCGCCGGACGAAUUCGAGCAGUACCUGAAACAAAUUGGAAAAAUAAUCAGAAGCGAAACCAAGAAAUCCCCCCUGAUUAUUGGCGGGGACUUCAAUGCGCACAGCAAAAUCUGGGGCAGCAAAAAAGACAGCAAGAAAGGGAAAUCUCUCGUAAACUGGGCUCUAAGCAACGGGCUCUUUUUAAUAAAUAAAGGGAACUCACCAACAUGCGUAAGAACCCAAGGCUCCUCCAUUGUUGAUCUGACGUGGGCUAACGAACAGGCCACAAGACUAUUAUGGAACUGGAGAGUGCUCAGCGAGGUCGAGACUCUCUCAGACCAUGUAUAUAUUACAAUGUCGCUCCACGCACAAAUAAGAGACCGGGAGAAAGCCAGGAAAAUUAGCGAGAGAGUAUUCCCUAGAUGGAAUACAAAUAAAAUCAACCUAGACCUGUGCAGCGCUGCGAUUAUUGCCGAUUCGUGGCACUUGCCGGAGAUCAAUACAGCAAACCUAAACAGAGUAAUAGAAAACCUCGAGAAUAUACUGACCCGCGCAUGCAAUGCGUCGAUGCCAAAGAAAAGAAAUCGCUCUACAAAACCUCCCAAUGAGUGGUGGUGCAAUAGCCUUUCCAUCCUGCGGAGCGAAUGCCAAAAACGCAGAAGAGAAUGGCAAAGAGCAAGAAGAAGAUCCGCAACAUCUGACGACGAGCUAUCUGCCAAACACGACCUAUAUAAAGAAACAAAAAAAGUUUUCAAAAAAGAAAUGUUAAACGCAAAAAAGAAAGCAUGGACCAAUCUUUUGAAAACGCUGGACGAUGAUCCAUGGGGGAAGCCAUACAAGUGGACCAAGAGACUGCGAGACGGAAGUGGUCCAGUAAUAACAGAAAACAUGAAUCCAGGACUUCUAGAGAACGUAGUCAACUCUCUAUUUCCGGAUGGCCCACCUUGGAUACCGCCAGGACGAACGACCGAAUGGCGAGAAGACUCCGGGGCCAAAAGGCAUCCCGACCAAAAUCAUCGAAAUAUCAGCAGACUUACUGGAACACAGACUCCUUGA